ACCUUCAAUGAAAUGAAUCCAUGAUAUUCUGGGCUCAUUAUCGAUGGAUUUUGUUAGGCUCCAACAGCAGCAAAGUUCUCUUCUUUUUCUCCUACCUCCAUCUCCUCUCAAAGCUUCUGCCUGAUUCGAUUUGAUAGUCUGGCCGUUAGAGGAAUAGCAGAUUUAUGUCAGCGUCUCCUCGUUGCUUUCGUUAUCUUAAUUACCAAACCAGAAACCUUCGAGCGAUUGCUUCAAUCGAGGUGCCGAUUUUCAAGCUUCAUAAACGACAUGCCCAUGUCCACCACUCGCUUGAAGAAUUGCCCCUUCCAGAUGUCAGUUCAUUGAAUGUUAAACUUGCCUCGUAUGUUCGCAAUGGCAACGUUCAAGAAACAUGGGCUCUCUUUUGUCGGAUGCAUUUUUCAGGCUGUGACCUUGAUGCACAUACUUUUACGCCGGUUUUGAGUGCCUGCUCUGCUUUGCCGGGCACGGAACAUGGAAAGCAAGUACAUGGACUAAUGAUUAAAACGGGCGUGGAUGCCGGAACGAUAUGCAAAACUGCACUAAUGAACCUGUAUUCGAAGUACGGAUGCUUGGGUGACUCAGUUAAGGCGUUUGAAGAAAUUGAGCUGAAGGAUGUUGUGACUUGGAACGCUUUGAUAUCGAGCUAUUUGAAGCGUGGUCUUGCUAAAGAAGCACUUGAUGUUUUCGCAGCAAUGAGGAGGGAAAAGGUCCUGCUUAGCGAGUUUACAUUGUGUUCUGUGCUAAAAGCUUGUUCCUUUUUGAAGGCUCCCGAACUAGGAAAGCAGAUUCAUGGUUUGAUUGUUGUAUUUGGUCGUGAUUUAGUGAUUUUGAGUACUGCUCUCAUCGACUUUUACUCCGACAUGGAGCGUGUUAGUGAAUCCCUGAAAGUUUUCUCUAGUUUAAAAGAUAUCAAAGGCAAUAUAAUUUGCAAUUCCUUGAUCAGUGGCUGCAUUAAAAAUCAAAAUUACAGAGACGCAUUUUCGAUUAUGAGUAAAAUGAGACCCAAUGUAGUUGCACUUACAAGUGCUCUUGGAGCUUGCUCUGAAAAUUUGGAUUUGUGGAUCGGAAAGCAGAUUCACUGUGUGACAUUACGUUUUGGGUUUACUGAUGAUACUCAAUUAUGCAAUGCUUUAUUGGAUAUGUAUGCAAAAUGCGGGAAGAUUUUGUAUGCAAGAACAUUGUUUGAUGGUAUUUCAAAGAAAUGUGUGGUUUCAUGGACAAGCAUGAUUGAUGCGUAUGGUAGGCAUGGAUAUGGAAUUGAAGCUCUUGAGCUGUUCAAGCUGAUGGAAGUUAGCAGAAAUGAAGUUAUGCCCAAUUCUGUAACAUUUCUUGUUGUUUUAUCUGUAUGCGGGCAUUCCGGGCUCGUUGAAGAAGGCCGAAACUGUUUUAAUUUGAUUAGGGAGAAGUAUGGUCUUGUCCCGAAUCAAGAACAUUAUGCUUGCUUCAUUGAUGUUCUAGGACGAGCCGGUUUAAUAGAUGAGGCAUGGUCUCUCUUGGAUGAUAUGAUUGAAAAUGGCACAAGGCCUACAGCAGCAAUAUGGAUAGCAUUGCUAAACGCUAGUAAUCUUAAUCAAGAUAUUGCUAGAGGUGAGUUGGCGGCGAAGCAUCUGCUGGAAUUGGAACCUGAUAAGCCUAGUAAUUACGUGCUUCUUUCGAAUUUAUGUGCAGCAGUUGGAAAGUGGGAUUCUGUUGAUAAGUUGAGGGAUAUAAUGAAGAAGAAAGGGCUCAAUAAAGAAGUCGGAAGUAGUCGAGUCACAGUUAAACGACACAACGGAACAGGCAUCAUCAGAUAAAGCUGUAUCUCUAGGGCAUUUCCUUGAAGAUGUACGAUCAGUUUCUUUCAUCUACAUUCAUUACCUUCUCUAAAAUAGAGUACACAUUUUUUACUGCAUUAGACAAUCUAUAAAGUCUUUGUUAGAAGUUUCCAUUCAUUCAAUUUGGUUUAC